UACCUUUUUUCUUCUCAGUUAAUAUCACUUCUUAUACACCGUCAAUAUGAAGGGAUUCGUUGGUGGUAUACCCUUGGCCCUGUUGGUGGCCGCUGUCCAGGUCCAGGCCAUGGAGCAAGGCACAAAUGGAAUGGACAUGAGCCAGAACAGCUUUCACCAGCGACGGGCUGCUGGAUUUCACCCAGCCCAUGUUGGUGGCACCGCUAUGGGCGGACCGUCUGGAAAUGACGAGGAUGGGACUUUCACUAGCCCGUAUAGUGCUGAUGUCCACGCUCACACAAACGUGAACGAGCACUACAAGGACAACCACUCGAUCAAGAUCAAGGACAAGAACAUCUCCCCCCUCCUGGUCACGGUCCAGGUCCCGCUCUUGGUCCCGGUGCUGGCCCAUUCGGCCAUGCUGAUGGCCCUGGAGCUGCGCUCCUGGCCUUCCGGCGGUACUGCCGAGGGUGGUCCCUCUGGCAAUGAUGAAGGCCAGAGCUUCAACAUGCCCAUUACUGGCAUCUUCCACACAGAUGUGAACGAGUACAGCAAGGAUGACCACUCGGUCCACGUCAAGAACAAGGAUAUCCACCCCGUCAUUGAGGCACCUGCAUUCCACCCUCCUCCCCAGGCCGCUGGUGGUCACGGCUCCUUCCGCAUGGCCAGCGGUGAAUCAACCAAGAAUUUCAAGAUUUCACCUGAGUCCUUUGCUAAGCGCUUCAUUCCCGGUGGCACUGCCAUGGGAGGCCCUGGUGGUGGUGAAUCCCACGGUCACGAGUCCGAGGGAGAGGGCUACCCCAUCAUUUCUGGAGGCACUGCCAUGGGUGGCCCUUCCGGUGAGGACAAGGGUAUCGAUUGGGAUAUGUCCCAAACCGCUGACAUCAAGACCAAUGUCAACGAGGAUUACGAGGACGACCACUCUAUCAGCAUCAAGCACAAGGAUGUUUUCUCUCCCCCCUCGCACCCUCCGUUUGGUUUCCCCAAGCGUUCCCUGUACCCUCACAGCGGCGGCACUGCCAUGGGUGGUCCUUCUGGAAACGAUGGUGGCCAGAGCUUCAACAUGCCCAUCACUGUGGAGACCGACACUACUGUGAACGAGCACUACCAGGACGAUCACUCGAUCGAUCUCAAGAACAAGAAUGUGUACCCUGCACCGCACUUCCCUCCCUUCCACGGUGGUCGUCCUUUCCGUCGUGCCUACUCGCCCGACUCUGCUGACCGUGAGGGUGGUGACGACGACGACGAUGAUGACUUCUCCUCUCCCAUCGUUUCUGGCGGAACUGCAAUGGGUGGUCCUUCCGGUGAAGACGAUGGCAUCGACUUCAGCUCUCCCACCCACGUCGGUGUUGACACCAAUGUGAAUGAGCACCAUGAUGAUAACCACGCCAUCAAGCUUGACACCACCACUGUCCACCCAUCAUCUUGGGAUUUCCACCCAAUGCCGGCACCAGCACCAGCACCAGCUCCAGUGCACGAGGUCCACCAAGCCCCUGCUCCUCCUGCCCCUGCUCCUCCUGCCCCUGCUCCUCCUGCCCCCGCUGCUCCUGCCCCCGCUGCUCCUGCCCCCGAGGUUCCCCAGAUGCCCUGGAUGUCCUACACUGAUCAGCAGCACGCCGCCGGUACUCCCUCCGAGAGCCACGCGACCCCUGAGGCCCCCGAGCACCAUGAGAUCCCAGCUCCUUCCGAGCCUGCUCCUCCCCGUGCCGAGGAAGAGCAUGCUUCCGAGUGCUCGGCUCAAGUCCACGAGGUUGUCCGCACUGUGACUGAGACCCAGUACAAGCAGGUCCAGGCUACCGAGACCGUCUACCAGCAGGUUCCUGCCGUCUCCCAGGUUGUGCAGACUAGCGCUAUUCCCAUGCACGCUGUGCCCAUGGAGUCUGGCUCUAGCCCUAAGGUCUUGUCAUUCUCCGCUCCUGCUCGGUCUUCUUCCAACGUUCCUUACGCGAGCUCCCCUGCGAGCGCCCCUGCGAGCUACCCUUAUGCCGCCAAGAGCUCCAUGAGUGCGCCUGCCGCCAAGUACUCUCAGAUUCCCGUCUAUGUUCCCAUGGCCACCCCCUCGUCUAGCGCAUCCAUGAUGCCUAUGGUUACCCCUGCCUCUAGCAACGGCCCGAACAUGCCCACUGGCGUUUCCCCUGAGCAGAGCCAUUUCCCCUCCAGCUCUGCCCACGCUUCUCCUUCCAAGGGCGUCAUGUUCACUGGUGCCGCCAGCCGUGUCUCUGGUGGUAUUAUCUCCGCCGCCGCCGCUGUUGCCGGUGUCCUUGCCUUCGUCCUGUAA